AUGGGUUCUUCAUUUACUUUAACAUUGGCUAAUAUAUUCAUGUGGAAAUGGCAAAAAGAAUUCGUUCGUCAACAAGAUAUUACUGGUGAAUUAUUUGGCAGAUACAUCGAUGAUAUCUUGAUGACUUGGAAUAAAUCUGAACAACAACUAAGAGAAUUAUUGCAUGAAGCUAAUCAAUGGCAUCCAAAUAUCAAAUUAGAUUAUAAAAUUAGUCAAAAUCUUCCAUUUUUGGAUGUUCUUUUGACUAAUAAUGAUGGUAUCCUUCAAACAUCUGUUUAUCAUAAACCAACUACUGAACCAUAUGUAGUACCAUUCACAUCUGAUCAUCAUCCAUACAUCUAUGCUAACAUGAUUCAGACUGCACUAGCCAGAGCAAUUCGAUAUUCAUCAACAUUUGAAGCCUUUAAUCAAGAAAAAAAUCAAAUCAAACUGAUGUUUCUCUACAAUGGUUAUUCUUCAAUAUAUAUCGACGAUCAAUUCCAUAAAUACUUUCUUGGAUAUAUCAAUGAAGCUGCAUUCACACCAGUGAUUACUGAGAUGACGAAAUUCUUCAUAUUACAUCAAAAGAUAUUGGCUCAACCCACAGCUCGUCAAACACAAGUAACAAGAAGCAUGACGGCAGCAGCUAACACAACUAACGAGUCAUCCGAAGAUUCAAUAGCGAUAAUGCCGGAUAAUGUGACUAAUUUGCAACGUCGAUUUUUUAUUCAUUAUACGCAUGAGAGACGAUUCCGCCCAUUCAAACGAGAUAUGCAUCAACUAUAUCAAAAUGUAUUCCAGAACACACCAGCUAUGGCUGUGAAGAUGGUAGUUGGUAAUCGCAACCGUCGAGAUAACACACAAGAACUUGUGCAUAAGCGUCCAAAACAAUCCUUAUUGUCAAAUAAGUGCGUGAAAAUCAAACAUUUGAAAGUUAAAAUUCAAUUUUAUCAAAUACCAAGAACAGCUUCCAUUUUUCAAGAAUAUUCCUUUCAGCUUUCGAAUUAUCUCUAUCAAUCUUAUUCGGCACCUGUGCCAUAUAAAGAUCGAAUUCUAGCACAACAACAACAAGCACAAAUAGUUACAUCGAUUCGAAAGAAGAUUAGACAACAUCAUCUUGUGAUACGUGUUACGGAUAAAGGCCAUCAUUUUUAUAUUGAAUCAACAAAGGAAUUUGAUAAAAAAGCUCAAAAAUUCUUUUCUGAAACUAAUGCUUAUGUGGAGGAGAAUAUACCUGUUCGACCCAUUGAAAAUACAAUUCGUGCAGCAACUACCAACAUUCCCAAGUUUCUUGAUCAAAUGAUCCGCCCAAUAUUUGAUCAUAAAUGUCAUAGGACAACUAUUAUUGAUGGUGCACAUUUAAUCAAACGAAUGAAGCGAUAUGUUAGAACGGAUGCUUGCAAACCAUCUACUCUUUUCUGCACAUUUGAUAUUCACAAUUUAUAUACAAUGUUACCUCAAGAUGAAUCGUUGAAUGUUCUUGUUGAAUUUCUUCAUGUACAUGGUUAUCGAAAAGUGAAAGGAAUAGCUCUUGAUACAAUUCGAAAAUUAGCACUUAUCGUCAUCAAAGAAAAUGUGUUUGUCUAUGGCGACAAAAUCUAUCAACAGACAACAGGUGGUGCAAUGGGUUCUUCAUUUACUUUAACAUUGGCUAAUAUAUUCAUGUGGAAAUGGCAAAAAGAAUUAGUUCGUCAACAAGAUAUUACUGGUGAAUUAUUUGGCAGAUACAUCGAUGAUAUCUUGAUGACUUGGAAUGAAUCUGAACAACAACUAAGAGAAUUAUUGCUUGAAGCUAAUCAAUGGCAUCCAAAUAUCAAAUUAGAUUAUAAAAUUAGUCAAAAUCUUCCAUUUCUGGAUGUACUUCUAACUAAUAAUAAUGGUAUCCUUCAAACAUCUGUUUAUCAUAAGCCAACUACUGAACCAUAUGUAUUGCCAUUCACAUCUGAUCAUCAUCCAUACAUCUAUGCCAACAUGAUUCAGACUGCACUAGCUAGAGCAGUUCGAUAUUCAUCAACAUUUGAAGUCUUUAAUCAAGAGAAAAAUCAAAUCAAACUGAUGUUUCUCUAUAAUGGUUAUUCUUCAAUAUAUAUCGACGAUCAAUUCCAUAAACACUUUGUUGGAUAUAUCAAUGAAGCUGCAUUCACGCCAGUGAUAACUGAGAUGACUCAAUUCUUCAUAUUAUAUCAAAAGAUAUUGGCUCAACCGACAGCUCGUCAAACACAAGUAACAAGAAGUAUAGAAGCCGCAGCUAACACAACUAAUGAGUCAUCCGAAGAUUCAAUAGCGAUAAUGCCGGCUAAUGUGACUAAUUUGCAACAUCGAUUUUUUAUUCAUUAUACGCAUGAGAAACGGUUCCGUCCAUUAAAACGGGAUAUGCACAAACUAUAG